GGUGACUCAGUUUCAGCCAAUCAGGUCGCGUUAUUCCUGAUUCCGUCCACUUAUCAUCCGGCACUCGGCGUCACGAGCGCCUUCUCUGCCUGCCCGCACGAGAGAGAGACAGCACCGUCCUUGCACACAGUUAGGCCGGAAAGAUAAAGAACGAUGUCUAUCCUCAAGAUCCACGCUCGUGAGAUUUUUGACUCCCGUGGUAAUCCCACUGUGGAAGUUGACCUGUACACCAAGAAAGGUCUCUUCAGGGCUGCAGUCCCCAGCGGUGCUUCCACAGGUAUCUAUGAAGCUCUAGAGCUCCGCGACAAUGACAAAACACGCUACAUGGGCAAAGGUGUCUCUAAAGCUGUUGAGCAUAUCAAUAAAACUAUUGCACCUGCACUGGUCAGCAAGGAUGUGAGCGUUGUGGAGCAGGAGAAGAUCGACAAGCUGAUGUUGGACAUGGAUGGCACAGAAAACAAGUCCAAGUUUGGUGCUAAUGCCAUCCUGGGCGUCUCCCUGGCUGUGUGCAAGGCUGGUGCAGCAGAGAAAGGCGUUCCGCUCUACCGCCACAUUGCUGACCUGGCUGGCAACCCCGAUGUCAUCCUCCCUGUGCCCGCCUUCAAUGUCAUCAACGGCGGCUCCCAUGCAGGCAACAAGCUGGCCAUGCAGGAGUUCAUGAUCUUGCCUGUCGGCGCCAGCAACUUCAAGGACGCCAUGCGCAUCGGUGCCGAGGUCUACCACAACCUGAAGAACGUCAUCAAGGAGAAAUACGGCAAGGACGCCACCAACGUGGGGGAUGAGGGCGGCUUCGCCCCCAACAUCCUGGAAAACAAAGAAGCUCUGGAGCUGCUGAAGAACGCCAUCGCCAAGGCCGGCUACACCGACAAGAUCGUCAUCGGCAUGGAUGUGGCUGCCUCCGAAUUCUUCAAGGGUGGCAAGUAUGACCUGGACUUCAAGUCUCCAGAUGACCCCAGCCGCUACAUCACCCCUGACAAGCUGGCUGACCUCUACAAGAGCUUCGUUAAGGAUUACCCAGUCGUUUCCAUCGAGGACCCAUUUGACCAGGACGACUGGGAGGCAUGGACCAAAUUCACAGCCAGCACCAGCAUCCAGGUGGUGGGAGACGACCUCACAGUCACCAACCCCAAACGUAUCGCCAAGGGCGUCGCCGACAAAGCCUGCAACUGCCUGCUGCUCAAGGUCAACCAGAUCGGCUCUGUCACAGAGUCCCUGCAGGCCUGCAAGAUGGCCCAGAGCAAUGGCUGGGGGGUGAUGGUGAGCCACCGCUCCGGAGAGACCGAGGACACCUUCAUCGCUGACCUCGUAGUGGGCCUCUGCACUGGACAGAUCAAGACUGGCGCUCCUUGCCGAUCCGAGCGUUUGGCCAAGUACAACCAGCUCCUGAGGAUUGAGGAGGAGCUUGGUGACAAGGCCCGUUUUGCCGGCAAGAACUUCAGGCGCCCCAUCUGAACCGGGUCAGCUUCCUCGGGCCACUGCGUGUUCAUUGCUCAUAAAUAAUCCCCCAAACAUAUUCGCCACACUAGGUUUACCUGCCCUAUAUGGAGUGAAGAUGGAAAAGACGCCUCUAUUAUCCAAGGUCCAAGACUGCGGCGUGGAAAAGCGGUGCUGUGUUCCAGUACAGCCAUGUGGCUCAGCUCAUCUGCAAAAUAUGCUUUAGUGUUGGUCCUUGUUGGUGUCCGUUAUGUGAUUUCUUUAAGCCUCAUGUGAGUUGUAGUGAUUGUGGUUCUCUGAUUAUUUGAGCAAAGGUAACUCUAGCAGGGAUCUGCCUGAAGCAGUGGCAAGAGCUCUGUAUGUUCAAUGUUCCGCCUCUGACAAGGUCUUGUGUUGCUAUAAGCCCCUACAGAAAUAUGUAAUAAAUAAUAUAGUUUCAAAA